UCGCUUAACAAAACAAUGAAUUAAUCAGUGUUUUGUUCUGGUGAUUGUUUUUUCUGUAACCAUCGAAACAUCUACAAACAUGAUUUAGAAAUAUUUCUUGGUCAGAUUCCUUUAAUUAUUUUAAUCACUUAGAACUAGAUAAUGAAAGAUCAAAUUAAAAGUGCAUUAAUGAUUCACUUUAAAUGUUGCCGGCUCUGAAUUAUUUCUUUUGUUUCGUUUCCUUGUCAUUUUAAUUUUAUCAACUGAGAUUGCCCUUCCAUUCGAGUUUAUGAACGCAUCCUCUGUUUUUUAUAUAGUGGAUGAAUAAUUGUUAUCAAUAAUAAUUGUCCUCUCUUUAUUUUGAUUUAAUAUUAUUGUUUAAUCAUCCCUUUAAAUUCAUCCCCAAUUCAAGAAGAUUAAUUUAAGGUAACCUGAAUUAUACAUAAGUAAUCGUCUGAUAAGUGAUCCUUUUCUAAUCUAUCUUCUGACACUCAAUCCUUACUCUACCAACUACCAUGACUGCUUAUUAUUUUGAUGGUCUACACAUCAACAGUUAUACGGUCAAUUAAUUCAAAUUAGGAUUCUUAUUUUUAUUACAAGUUAUCCAUCUCAUAAUCAGCUAUCUUUAAUUUUCAAACUCUAAUCGAAAAGAUGAUUUUCAAUGAUAAUGCUGGUGAUUUAAAAAAGUGUAAGCUUCGUUUUACUCCAUUGUUUUGGAUUAUUCAUAUGGCUAUGUGAUCUAACAACCUUUCAACUUGUACUUAUUCCUCUUCAACUGAAAAAUGGACCAAAAUUGUGUUAAUCAUUGGACCAAAUUAAGGAAAUUAUGUUCAAGCUUUGGUUGAAGACAAACUCAUUGUGACCACCGUUCCCUUUCCCUUUUUUUCAAUGUUCACUAAUUUAAACCAAAUAAACACAUAAGUAUAUCCUCUUCAUUAUGGCAAACCCUUUUGUGAUCAUCAUCAAGUCCAUAAUUCUGACCAAAGAAAAAUUCAUAUCAUUUUCAUCAUCAUCCAGACCAGCUAUAUAGAUUACUUCAUCGUCUUAAUCAAUUUAUCAAGUCAACUAUAACAGUAUUAGCCGUCUCACUAGAUUGUAAAAUAUUAUCACUUAUCAUGGUUUCUCUUUGUUUUAUAUGUGAGCUUCCGAUAUUACCUCACCAAACCUGGUCAACGUGGAAAGAGAUUGGUGGUAAUCUACUAACAGCUACUGGGACAGCAUCGCCUGGAAAUUAUGUUAACAACUUGUACCAUGAAGAUUGUCUAAUUUGCUCUGUUUGCGGCUUGAGAUUGGAACAGGCUAAUUCAAAUUGUGCCAAACGAUAUGGAAAUAAAGUCUAUUGUCCUCUUCAUUUCUCGAAUAUAUCAGGCAUUGGAACUGGCGGAGAAGAGUUUAUGGCUAAAUUAAAGGACUUUAAACGUCAAAGCUUGGGUUAUGCGGAAGCAAGAAGAAAAAGUAGUACCACGCUUUCCUUUCCAAUACCUGUUCAAGCCUGUCCUGGUUCACCUUAUUGCUCUGGUUAUCCACAUGGGAUCAAACCUACCUCUUCCUAUUGGAUUGAAUGUUGUGGAUCACCUAAUCUAAUUGGUCCACCAGGUAGUUAUAUAAAUCAACAACAGAUAUCUGUGGGCGAAUCGAGUGAUAAAUCGGAUAGAGAAUCAUCUGCUUACGAUGGUAAUAAGGAAUCUCUUGGUAUCAAAGAGGGAGAUCAUCUUUUACUGGGUAUUCCGUCAAUACCUCGAAGUAAUACCUCAUCUGAAGGAUUCAAUGUUAGCCGCUUGGAGAGACAAGAUACAUCCAAAUCAACUAAUGACAUGUGUCCCUAUGGACGUCUUCAACCGCCCACAAUACAAGUGAUUGAAAGUCAAACACCAAUGACCAAAGAUGACAUCGAGCUUUAUCGUAAACAGCCUAACAUUGUCAUAACGCAAGCUCAUUCAACCUCUCCACCUCCAUCGCCUCCAGCUCCACCAAAAGGUGAUCAUGAACCACUUCCACAGACCAGCCAACUCCAAACAAAAUCAGAGGAUCCUUAUGAGCUAAUAUCCUUUCAAGAGGAAAUUUAUGAAAAAUAUUAUUAUGGUAAAGAACAUUGGAAUUAUUUUACCAAUGAUGAAGGCCUUGGACCAGUUAUUUUGAGCUUAAAACAAGAUAGUGUCGGUGGUCGCGAUCAAUUUCGUGUCCUCCUGCGAACAGUAUCAUAUUCACUUCACGGUCUUGUACCGACCAGCUCUAUUUGUGCCGAUCGAUAUGACCGUGAAGCAGUGGUCAAGGCUUUGGGCGAUGAAGCUGGCCUAAAACCUUCUCUUUGCCUUGGACAGCUUCCAUCUAUACCAGAUGAGUUAAUCAAAUUGGACCAAGUUUUCGUCAAAUCAGAGCUUAAAGUCGGUAUAAUUUAUAUUAAAGAAGGUCAAACCAGUGAAGAGGUGAUUCUGGGUAAUCGAGAAGAGUCUCCUUUAUUCGCGGAAUUCCUUGAAAUCCUUGGUGAUAGAAUUCGUUUGAAAGGUUUUGACAAGUAUAAAGGUGGUUUAGAUACAGUUCAUGAUCUUACAGGAACUGAAUCAAUCUACACUAAUUGGAAAAACAUUGAAAUUAUGUUUCAUGUAUCAACUAUGCUUCCUCAUGAAGAAAAUGAUCCACAAAAGUUACAGAAAAAACGCCACAUUGGAAACGAUAUUGUUUGUGUGGCGUUUAUAGAGGCUGAUGAUACGCCAUUCUGGCCGGGUUGUAUAAAAUCUCACUUUCUGCAUGCAUUUAUCGUCGUUCGAACCACUCCAAAGACUCUCGGAGAAGAUGAAGUUAGGAAAUAUUCAAUUAGCGUUGUCUGUCGAGAUGAAGUAUCUGCUUUUAAACCAUAUUUAUGGCAUGAGUCAACUUUCGAAAAGGGACCACAUUUAAAAGAUUGGCUGUUGACAAAAAUUGUAAACGGUGAAAGAGCAAGUUACUCCGCUCCGAAGUUUGCCCGAAUGCAGGAUCGAACGCGAAGUCAAAUGCUUGAAGAUCUCGUAACCAAUUUAGCUAAUCAUCUUGCCACAGGUCAGAUACCAAAACCUUAUCGUCGUGGUUCAUGGAGGCCUAUUGGUCAUAUGAGACCUUCUAGUCCAUUGUUAGAUUCCGUGCGAGAUUUAUUUGAAGGCUAUGAUCAAUUGGCCAAAGAUUUCGGUAGUGCAUUUAAUAAUAACGCCAAAAUGAUUUGUGAUGUUGCUUUCAAUGUUAUGGGAAAUCCUGGGAAUGGGUGUCAUGAGACACAAAUAAGACGAAUCUAUGGAGUUAGGGCAAUACUUGCCAUUCGUAGUCGUGUUUUUCUUGAAAUGCUUUACGGCUUCAGUCCACCUGGUACUGUUAACCCUUCCGCCCAAAUGAAUAGUGCUGUUCCUGUUUCAACAGCGAGUGGUAACUCACUAUCACCAGUCUCUGCUGGGACAGCCUCAGCUUCAGCUUCCGUUGCAAAUAUUGGAAAUAACAUUGGAUCAACCAAUGCAAUCAACAAAAAUCAAUCAUCACCAGAAAAACCUCGCCCUGUUCGUAAAAGUAGUAUCACUGCCACAACCAUCCAUAAAAUUUCACAAAUUCCUAAAAUAAUUCAUCCAUCAGAAUCCAAAAAUAAACGUAAAGAAUCAUCCAUAUCAACAAUUUCCAAUACUUCAGCUAAGACACCAACUUACCUUACUGUUCCUGGAGCAUCUUCUCUUGGAGGAAGUUUUCGAGCAGCAUUUUCUCGUUUAGUGUCCGGCUCUUGGGCAGGUUGGGGAAGCAAGAAUCGCGGAGACAGUAUUAAAAGGUGGCAAAGUGAAUCCAUUUAUGCUCGUGAUCUCAAUGCAGAUCAAUCAAAAGUACCUAGUCUCUCAGUGUGUGCCGAUGUUGCUAAAAUUGAUCGUAAUAAGUUAGCCCAAACUGAGUUUACCAUUAUUGAAUUUGAUGGAAAUACAUUUCAACUUCUCAUUGAAUAUCUUCAUUCUGGUUCGUGUCCUUUAACCUGUGAUACAAUUCCUGGGUUAAUCUGUGCUGCUGAACACUUCGAUUUACCUGAUCUUCUCCAAGCUUGUUUCCAUCAUGCAAAGACUCAUCUACGUUUAAGUGUGGUUCCGUCAAUGUUAAAUCAAUUAGAAAACUAUUAUUGGAGAUAUAAUUCGGCAACACAAUUGGUUAAUACUAUUUUGAAAUUUGUAGAUCCAAGAGUGGCAAAAUUUUUCGCACGGUCAGAAUUUUUAACUCUCAGUGAAACAAUGAUUACCAGUAUACUGAGUCGUCCUGGAUUAGAAUUGACUGAAGUUCAUAAAUUUCAAAUAAUGCAUCAAUGGGCAGUGAAUAAAGUGGUAAAUAGUGAUCCAAACCAUCCAACUAUUUUAGUUACCAAAGAAAAUGUUAACACCCAUAAUUUAUCUCCUGCCAAAUUUGCCGAAUUAAGAGCAAUCAUGAGUAGAUUAACGAGAGAUGUUAAAUUUCAUAAAAUGGCUCCAAAUGAAAUAAUCAGGACAGUGCUUCCGUCUAAAACAAUUACUCACGACAAAAUAUUGGCUACUUUACUUUAUCAAGCUGAUAAAGGAAUGUAUAGAGACACAUCCAAGUACAAAAGUCAAUUUGGGAGUUGAUUGUGAUAAUAUUAACUCUUAUCUGCAUAAUUAUGAAAAGAGACAAUUAACUGGUUCCAUUAUAAAACCUCUGUACAAAAACGAAUGUUUCGAUCAAAACCUCCAAAUCUUUACCAAUGUCAACAGUAUUUAUGUUUGUUUCAUUUAUCAUCACCAGUAUCAUCAUCAUCAUCAGCUUUGUUAAUUAUAAAACAUUCAAAAAAUAUUUUACAUUGUUACUAUCUCAGAGUCUCACUGUGCUACUCAUGGUGUAAAAUUAUUCUUUACUAUAUAUACUUCUUUUGGUAUUUCACUCGUCAGUGUUUCCUUUUUUUCUAAAAAUUCUUGCUUGUGUAUAUUGUUGUCAUUGAUUUCUUAAUCUAAUUCGUAUUGUUGUUGUUGUUUUUUUUAUUCACUAAGAAUCAUGAAAAAUCAAGCAUCUUUGAAUGCCACAACCGAUUAAAACCUUGAAUGUUUUCAUCAAUACUUUUUCAACAAAAAUCGUACAAAUGACGCCAAACCAAAAAUGGAAAAAAUACUUCUUCGACACGAUCAUUGUCUUUCUUGUCUCGUAUCAACAUAAAUUGUCUGUAAAUCAUAAUGUGCAAAAUAUAUUAAUUUUCUUACUUAAAUAAAAAAUAAACAUUUGUGAAAUUAAUAAUUGAA